AUGAAGACACUUUCUGAACCUGCAUGGAAGUGGCUGGAUGAUAGGGCUGACAAGUUGUGGAGUAGAGCUAAGAUUAGGACUACUUGUAAGAAUGAUAUGUUGCUUAACAACAUUUCAGAGAGUUAUAAUGGUAGCAUUCUAAAACAUAGAGGAAAACCUAUUAUUACAUUUCUAGAAGAAUUGAGGAAGGAUGCAAUGAAGAGAAUUGUAAAGUUGAGAAAGGAUAUGUUGGAUUCUAAUUCCAACAGCCCACUGGUGCCAAAUGUUGCAAAGAGGAUUGUGAAACUAGUGGAUCUUAGUGGGAGAUGGGAAGUUAUCUGGAGGAUACCUUGCUGCCAUGCAAUUGCAGCUCUCAGGUACAUUGGACAUCCUAUUGUUGAAUAUGUAAGUCAUUAUUACACAAAAGAAACAUACUUGAGAGGGUAUAGCCACUUUGUUCAUCCUCUUAAUGGUAUGAAUAUGUAUCCCAAUACUCAUGCUGAAGCUGUGCUUCCACCACCGCCAAGGAAAAAAAUGGGUAGGCCGCAAGUAAAAAGGAGAAGGGAAGCUGGGGAGAGUCAAGAUCCAUCGAGGUUGAGGAGGGCUUAUCCUGUGAUUAAAUGUGGCAAAUGUGGACAACCAGGGCAUAAUAGGAGAGGUUGUAGAUCUGAUGGUGCAGCAAGGAUGGUAGGAGGAAAUCCUAAUAUGGCUGGUACCUCUACAGCUGCAAGUACAAGGCCUGUUAGAAGUGGUGUUAGAGGUGGCUCCUCAAGAGGAGGUGGUGUUAGAAGAGGUGGAUCAAGAGGAGGUGGUGUGCCCAGAAGAGGUGGGAUACGAAGGAGGGGUGUUGUGCCAAUGAGAGUAGGAUCCAACUUAACAAGUGAUACUGUUGGUGCUGCAACAUCAUCAACUAGAGUUGCCUCAAUCCUACAAGCAUCUCAAGAAUCUGUUUGCACAAAUGGUGAUAGAAAUUAAGGAGCACUAAAUAUCUUUUUGGUCUCAUUUUGUAUGUAUGUCUAUUGGCAGUAUUUUAAAUGCUUUACUUGUAUAUUUCUUAUGUAUUUUGGAUUAUGUGUAAGUUUAUUAUUUAUGUCUUUUGGAUGAUGUUGAUGGAUUAGUACUUGGUGAUAGAAAUCAAUGUUGUAUUUGAUUUUAUCGGUUUACAUAUAUGAAAUACAUAACAAGUAUAUU